AUGGCUCACGAUGUCCUUGAUGUUGUAGGUUGUUGUCUCUUCCCAACAACGUUGAAAGAAGUUACUCUUAGGUGGUACUCAACUUUGCCACCAAACUCAAUCAACAAUUGGGAAGAUUUCGCCAACCAGAUCUUGGUGAGGUUUGCAACAAGCAAAGCUCAUUACAAAUCCAAGCAUGUGCUUAAAACUGUUAAGCAAGGUGCUAACGAAACCUUACGAGAUUUCUCAACAGAUUUUCUUGACGAAGCCUUGCUGGUAAAAGAUCUUGACCCACAAGUCUCUUUAUAUUUUAUUACUGAUAGUUUACUUGAUGGGCCAUUUUCUACAUCUUUGGUCAAACAAAGGCCAAAGACCAUAAAAGAAUUACGAGCGAGAUCCGAGAAGUUUAUUAAUCUUGAGGAUUAUAAACGAUCUCGCGGAGGCCCAAGUGAAAAACUUGCGGGUGUUACAAUGGAUGAAGGUGGUGAUGACUUUAGCAGAAAGAGAAGGGAGAUGGAUUGGUCGGUUGUGAGAGACUUGCUUGUGGGUCGGAGGGAUAAGCUUUUCAGAGAGAUUGCAAAAGCAUCUCGUUAG